GCGGCCGCCAUGGCCGCGGCGGGCAGCGACGGGCCCGGGGGGGCCGCGGCGGGACGGGCCCUGCAGAGCGCCAUGAGGGCGGCCAGCGGUGCGCUGGAGAUGGACGGCGCCGGGCGGCCGCGGGAGGCCUAUGCGGAGUACCUGAAGAGCAUCGCCCUCAUCGCGCAGAGCCUGCAGGAGGAGGCGGCGGGGGCGGAGGGGAGUGAGGGGGUCACCGCCGACACCCCGAAGAUGCUGAAGCUGGCGGAGCAGUGCCUGGAGAGAGUCAAGUCCAUCGCGGCGGCGCUGGGGAAAGCCCAGGCAAAACCGGCUGUGCAGGAGCGGAGUGGGAGCCCUGGGCCCCUCCCCAGGCACCGCCGCGUCUGCUCGGACGAGGGAGGGAAGCUCUCUCCCUUCCUGCCCCCGGAGAUCUUCCAGAAGCUGCAGAUCGCCGAGGUGCAGAGCGCACGGAAGGAGCUGACGCCGCUGGAGGAGGCGUCUCUGCAGAACCAGAAGCUGAAGGCUGCCUACGAGGCGCGGGUGGCACGGCUGACCCCCAGCCAGGCCCUGCAGAAGACCUCGCUGACGCUGUCCCUGCAGCGGCAGAUGAUGGAGAACCUGGUGAUCGCAAAGGCCCGUGAGGAGACCUCUGGUGUGACCCAGCUGCAGCGGAAGAUGGAGGAGCGGCGGCUGCGGCUUCAGGAGGCUGCCAACAGGAGGUUCUCCAGCAGCGUGGCCCUCACCCCCGAGGAGCAGGAGCAGAGAGCCCUCUAUGCCGCCAUCCUGGAGUACGAGCAGGACCACGACUGGCCCAGGCAGUGGAAGGCCAAGCUGAAGCGGAACCCCGCGGAUCUCUCCCUGGUGUCAGGACUCUUCUCCUGCCUCUUCAGCUUCCCCGAGCACCCGGUGCCACAGCUCCUGCGGCAGCUGCAGUGCGCGGUGUACUCGCGCCUCUACCCGGCCGUCAGCCGCGGCUCGGCCGACGCCAGCCCCUGCUCCCCGGCCGGCCUGGCCUUCCCGUCGCUGGACGUGGGGGGCUCGCUGCCCGCCGAGCCGGGCGGCCGCCGGCUCCGCACCUCCCGCAGCCUGCACUGCAUGCUGUCGGUGCCCGAGCACGGCGCGGCCGGGCUGCGGCACAGCCUCUCCAGCACGCCCCUGGCUGGCGGCAGCCCCGGCACACCGCGGGUGGAGGGCGGCCGGCUGGAGCCUGCGGAGGCCCCCCAGACCCCCCGGGAGAGCUCCUUUGAGGACUUGGAGCGGUUCCUGGCAUCGCCCGAGGGCUGGGCCCCCACGGAGCCGCCGCGGGACGCGACGCUGCCGGAGCAGCUGAAGGGCGUCGUGCGGGACAUCCACAACGCUGUCGACAGGCUGCUGGCCCUGACGCUGCUGGCCUUCGAGGGGCUCAACACCGCGGCCGGCAAGGACCAGUGCCUGGCGUGCCUGGAGGAAGCCUUCUUCCCCCCGCUCUGGGCCCCGCUCAUGGCCCUCUACAGGAGCGUGCACCGGCCCCGCGAGGCAGCCCUGGCCCGGAGCAUGGAGCGGCACCGGCACGCCGGCCCCGCCGACUUGGGGCUGUCCUCGCGCCUCUUCCCCGCCGCCCCCGGCUGCCCCGCGUACGGCUCCGCCGUGGAGGACCUGCGCCUCAUCCCGCUGGAGACCUGUCCCCGCAGGAAGCUGGAGUGCAUCGUGCGAGCCCUGCGGGGCAUCUGCGAGUGUGCCGAGGAGUACUGCGGCGCGCGGGACGGCCGGAGCCCCCCCUCCGCUGCCAUCAGUGGGGCGGACGACCUGCUGCCCAUCCUGUCGUACGUGGUGCUGCAGACGGGGCUGCCGCAGCUGCUGUCCGAGUGCGCGGCGCUGGAGGAGUUCAUCCAUGAGGGGUGCCUGAUCGGGGAGGAAGGGUACUGCCUGACGUCGCUGCAGGGCGCCCUGGCCUAUGUGGAGUCGCUGCAGUGAGGAGGCGGCCCCGCGGGGUCCCGCUGCCGCCACCCUCCGCAGGAUGUGCGCGGGCUCGGCGCCGUGGCAGCAGCGCGGGCAGGAGCCGGAGGAGGAGUGCCGCCGGGAGUACCGGCGCUGCCUGGAGC